AUGGCCGUCCAGCCGGAAACCUCCUCCAGCGCAGUCGAGUCGCCCAAUGAGCACGAGAAACUCCAGAUCGACGAGCUCCGCCGCAGGUAAGUUCUUUGAGAAAAAGAAAGAAGGGCCAUAUGGCGUCAAUUAAAGCAUCUAAACAUAAAAGUCCUACUUUGACUCUCUUACAGAAAAAUUAGAGAAAAUAAAGAAUCAGUAUUAAAAUAUUUUCAGAAAUUUGUAUCGCUCAUUGGCGGAUAGCUUGAAACAUAAACAAAAACUACGGAGACGUCUGAACCUCUUUUUUGCGAAUUGUUCUUCUAUUCUAAAAAAUUAACUAGUUCACACAGCGGCGGAUCGAUAUCUAACGGCAAUUGAUAAAAUAGACUUGAAAUGUAUUUUCUCUGAAGUGAGAUCAGUUCAGUUUUCAUUUUAUUUUUUUCCGAGUCAAUCUGUGUUUUUAUUUCGUAGAAACAUGAGACUGCACAGAAACUGAAGCUGGAUCUUUUUUUAAAAGUCAAAAUCAAUAAUCGAUUUUUUUCAGAUUGAGCCAGGCGUUGCCUCGAGGAAUCCCAAACGAUUUAGACACGGAUUUGAACUUAUCCCGAUGGAUCCGCGGAUAUCAUGCGGAUUUCGAUAAAAUCGAAAAGGUUUUUAUUUACUUCAGGGAAUCCUGAACCUGCUAAUUCCCUUUGAAACUGUUACUUGCAGAACUUUCGAUCAUAUGUUUCCUCUCGAGAAGCUGCUGGAUUCGUUGGAGACGACUUUCCGGAGAAGUGAUCCCUUUUUCAGCUUUUCCAGAAAAAUCUCUUAGUUUGAAGGUUUUUCGAACGGAAUGAUAUCGCCCCUUUUCUCAAGUUCAUCGCCUCUUCCCGUUUGCAGGAUCGUCAGUGGAGUGAGGCUCACAAUUCUUUUCUCUUUGUGGAAAAAGCCUGGUCCCAGCCCAGAGAUGUUAGUUAUCAACCUCUUCAAGAUACAAAACUACUUCCAGUUCAUAAAAACUUUCAAAACCAGCGAUUAUUUGCUUCACUGUUUCGGCUACUCGGAGAUGUUGCUCCAGUUGAUUCUCAGGUUUACUGAAGUCUUGGAAAAAAAUACAUCAGUGGAAAGACCAGAAAAAUCGGAAGGAAACUUUGUAAAUAUUUUUCUACUUUCUCUAAACUUGACCAUUUUUGAAAUUAGUGUGAAAAACACUGCUUUAAAACUAUAGAUAACUUGCCGCAACUUGAAACUGUAUGCCUUGUCUGUCCUCUCUUUCCCCCAAGCUUCUUCAAUUUGUCUAUAUGGCUUUCUUUUCAUUUUCCAUGGCCGAGGAGAAACAGUGCUGGCGAUUCAGAAAGUUUCAAGUUGUGGAGAAUAAAAUAAAAUGAUUUUGAGAAGAGAAAAGAAGCAGCCGUUGGAGAAAGGUCCAGUCCAGUUCAUCGUUCUUUUCGACUUGGCUUGCAUCAACAUAACGGAUUAUGUGAACCCAAUGUCUGGCUAUAUGAAGCUGUGGCAGUUGAGAAGUGAAUUGUGGCAGGAUUGGUGAGGAUUUUGCGAGCUUUCUUCGUAAAGAAAACACCGCAGACCCCUUAAAAACUGAAAAUUUGCAGGUACCCAGAAAUGGUGCACCGGAUUUAUCUGGUUAAUCCACCACGACUGGUCAGCCUUCUGUGGAAGUGCGCGAGACUGUUUCUUUCGGAGCAAAACCUCAAAAGAAUGGAAAUCGUAGGAAAUAUGGCCGAUCUGUCCACCAAGCACCUUCCAAAGUGGUUUGUCCCCAAGGCCUAUGGAGGUAGGCAGGUUCAACGUUCCGAUAGCCUCAAACCGUCCUUCAGGCGACUUUGUCAACACGGUGCCCCCAGGGGAUGAAGCUGGAGUCAGCAUUCGCGAGAAAAUCACAGCCGUCGACCACUACCGUCCUUACCAGCAUUACAAAAAGCGCGGGGUCGAGAGGCCCAAAUCUAGUCAUAAGGUUCCGUGUUUUUCUUUUUAAAAUAGUCAAAGGAAUUGAUUUCGGACCCUUUUGAGUUUUUUAUUGAUGUUCAAAAAAUGGUUGUUAAAAAAUAGAUCUAUUGGGACUGGCGAGUGAAUUUUCAGAAAAUAGAUAAGCUUUUUUUUAAAAUAUUUUCCGUCAAAAUCAAGCUUAAAUUUUGUUCGUUUUGGAGUAUUUUUGAACUUCAUCCGUCGACCCAAAGAAGGCUCGAUCCAUAAAUUGAGGAACUCCCGAUUUUAGGACAUCUCUCCCGGCGAAACUUUCAUAGUUCCAAUCCAAGUUCCCGAAGGAAAAAGUCUCCUGUGGGACUUCACAGUAAGCGGCGAGGUCCACUUCCACAUCCAACGUGGAAAGGUUUCCUACUCAGUGUUUUGAGAGAAUCUGAACUCAAUUUUUCAGCAGGAGGAUGACAUGGUCUAUCCGCAGCUGCACCUCGUCACCAACAAGCUCAACGAGGAGGGCGAGCUGGAAAAGCUCAAAGAGGACGAGUACUCCUUCUGCUUCACCAACCAUUCCAGCUACUUCACCCUCAAGCUGGAAUAUUCAAUUGCUAUUGUUUAA